UAUACACGUUUUCUUUUCUCAAAGAACCCACCUAGGAGGAGGGUGGGAAAAGAAAUACGUGCAAACGCCGCCGUAAUAACUAGUAACUUUGAGAUUUGAACCAAAGUCGCGGUGGAGUUUUGAAGCAUGGCGACGGAUCCUUCUCUUACCUGUUGCCGGUAUCUUCUCUCUGCUAUUCUAGCUAUGGAACCUUCCUACUGCUUAAUCUCACAUGCCAAGGCGUGCGGCGAAGGCUCAAUUACGGAACAAGUUCAACAAUUCAUCUUAGACCAUUGUCUUUCCACACCUAGUGAUUUUUAUGCACCUUACUUGAAGAAUUUUCUUAAGAAGCUUAUCACUCAAGUUGAGUCCGAUCAUGGCUCCGUCUUGGACAAAUUUUACCAACUCUAUGCUCAGUACAUUACAUCAUUUAAGGAUGAUAGUUUAGACAAAAGAGAUUCAAGAAUCUGCAAAAGAAUUUCAUUUCUUUUUCCUGAUGGUUGCUCUGAACUACAAACAUGUUCGCACUCAAGUGUUCUGAAUUUUCCAUUACAGUGCUCUAUAAACAUGCUUGAAGGUGAUACUGGAUGCUCAAUAUGGCCAUCAAGUCUGUUUUUGUCCGAGUUAAUACUUUCUCAUCCAGAAUUAUUUUCUAAUAAAGUGUGCUUUGAGAUUGGCUCUGGAGUUGGCUUAGUUGGAUUGUGUCUAGCUCAUGUGAAAGCUUCUAAGGUGAUACUAAGUGAUGGUGAUCUUUCAACUUUAGCUAACAUGAAGUUUAAUUUGGAGUUGAACAACCUGAAUGUUGAAACUGGCACGGCACAAAGAAAUGAAGAUACAAGCGCGGUAAAAUGCAUGUAUCUGCCAUGGGAAUCUGCAUCGGAAAGCCAACUACAAGAUAUCAUACCCGAUGUUAUUUUGGGUGCAGAUGUGAUAUAUGAUCCAGUUUGCCUGCCACAUCUUGUUCGUGUAAUUACGAUUCUUUUGAACCAGAGGAAUAUGGAUUCAAGUAGCAAAGGCCUCUCUCCAAAAUGUGAACUUGAAAAUGGUGAACAUUAUUAUAAAGGCGCUAUUGAUGGAUCUGAGGGUAGAUACAAAUCAGUUAACAAUGAUGGUUGUAAUGGCCAGCCAAAGGAAGCACCGGUGGCUUAUAUUGCAUGUGUUAUUCGGAAUAUUGAAACUUUCAACUAUUUUCUUACUCUUGGGGACCAGGCUAACCUUCAUAUUGAGGACCUAACUGAAUUACUGAAGCCAAUGGUUCUCCUCCCUUACAUGCAGUCAUACAAUCAAGCUGAUAUAAAACUAUUGUGCAUCACUUGCAGUCGUAAAAUCGUACUACAAUAAGGUGAUCGCUUGGAAGGACCUUAGACAUCGUGAGUAGAUUGAAAAAUAUAGGCCAUGUGUAAGAUUCGCUAAGAAUAGAAACUAAUGAUUUUAAAUUAUAUAUAAAUUGGUGUUGAGUUUUAAAACCUAAUGUCUGUGUUUAUUAAUAGGACUAUAUAAUUCAUUAUUCAGCAGUACUUUUACUCAA